CCCCGGCGUCGCACCUGGCCCAGGUUACCAUGAAUGACGUGGUAAAGGCGGAGACCCGUGACGGCGGCGUGCUCGGCAGUAUGAUGACGGCUGGGUAUCCUGAACAGGGGGGCGGCGGUGGGGGGCCUCCUUCAGCUGGGGCCGCGGCAGUAGGGGGAGCGACCGCGCCCACCCCGCAGCCAGUCGUGCCACCCGCCCAUGCCCCCGCCCAGCCCGCCCAUGAACAGUGCCUCUCCGGCCAGCCGCUCCAGCCAGACCAUCAUAACUACCACGACCAGGCACAAUUUGAGGCUGACAAGCGGUCUGUGUACAAGCACCCGCUGUUCCCGCUCCUGGCGCUGCUGUUUGAGAAGUGUGAGUUGGCUACCCAGAGUGCAGAUUCCGUGAGCAGCGACUCCUUCAACCUGGACAUCCAAGCGUUCGUCCAGCACCAGGAGAGGGACCGCAAGCCCUUCCUUAUGAACGACCCAGAGGUGGACGGCCUGAUGAUCAAGGCCAUCCAGGUGCUGCGUAUUCACCUGCUGGAGCUGGAGAAGGUGCAGGAGCUGUGUAAGGACUUCUGCAACCGCUACAUCACCUGCCUCAAGGGGAAGAUGCAGAGCGAGAACCUUCUGAGGACUGAGUACGGCUAUGACUCCCCGGGCUCGCCUGACGGAGGAAGCCCCUACAACGGCCACCACAUGCACCACAUGCACCAUCCACACCCACAGGUAGUUAGCGCACCAAGACAGGUAUUAGAGGAAGACUAUCUAAGCGGGCACCACCAACAAGCUGCCACGCGUCUCCAGGUGACACAACAACACAACAACAACAACAACAACAACAACAACAACCACAACACCACCAACAACACUACUACCAAUAACAACAACAACCACCACCACCACCACCAGCAGGCAGAAUACCACCACCACCAACAACAACAACACCACCAACACCACCACCACCACGAUAACCACCACCACCACCACCACCAAACCACCACCACCACCCACCACCACCACCACAUGCAGGAAAGCAGAGGUUCCCCCGGGAUGGCCGUCACCACCGCCACCACCACCACCACCACCAUCACCUCCACCACCAAGCCCAACCACCCCACUACCACCACGCCCACCACCAUCGCCCACCUCUCGCCCACCACCUCCCUCUCCACGCCCGCCUCGCCCUCGCUCAUCCAGGGCAGCACUCCACUGUCCCAGAUCGGCGCCAACCCCUGCCCACCGCCGCCCGAGACUAGCAUCGUCAACCUGCUGGCUCCCCUGACCCCCCCGUCGUGUGAGGAGGAGGAGGAAGGAGGGAUGCGCCGUCAGAAGCGAGGCGUCCUACCGAAGCACGCCACAGCCAUCAUGAAGGCGUGGCUCUUCCAGCACAUUGUACACCCGUACCCCAGCGAGGACGAGAAGCGGCACAUCGCGGCGCAGACCAACCUGACACUACUGCAGGUCAACAACUGGUUCAUUAACGCCCGCCGACGCAUCCUGCAGCCCAUGAUCGACGCCUCCACUCCUCCCGAACAAAAGACCAAAAAAUCGAAGGCCUACAACCCCAAGGCCUCUGCCACAAGGUUCUGGCCCGAUAGUCUUAUAAGUCUGCAUGGUAAACCACAGAACAAUAACAUCAACACGGCUUCGUCACUUGCUGCCAAGACUAACCUUAAUUCGGAGGUGGCGGCGAGCCCCACUUCCAUGACGGGCGAGGAGGACGCAGAAGAUAUCGAGGACGAGGAUGAAGAGAAGACGAGAGAACAGGAGGAAGAGGUCGAAGAGAAGUACAAGGAUGAAAAUAAUUUCUUUCGCCCCAAGUCUGAGAGUCCGGCGCGUCACGAGCUGGACAGUUAGUGGUCCAGGCGACGCACGGCUCCUCUGGCACGCAGCCACGGCCGGCACUGCGCUGAGCUACGCUGCGACAGGCAGCAGACAAACAGCCUCUCACGCGGCCCUAGCGACGGACGGUCAGAGUCACUAGAACAACGAGUAAGCGUGUUAGACAAUAAUCCCUUCAGGAAAGUGCUCGGUCUGUACGAAUAGCGAGUCGUGGGUGUCCUCGUAGUACGUGGCACUCACUCACUCAGCGCAUCACGCUCACGGAUGCACUGCUUCAGAUCAUUGGCCAGCAGUGCAUCCAACUCAUUAGUACUGGGUUUUGUAUGACUGACCUCAACGUGUAGUAGAGAUGAUUGAUUUGGAAGACCAGAGCAUAGGUACAGGUAGGCUGCAACUCAGACAAUAACUUAUCCUAAGGACGCCUCGUGAUCAGACACAUGCUAGGCUCAUUUUGUUAUGAAUUAAUUUUGUUUUUAAAUAAAGAGAGUACAGUUGAUGGUAGAUGAAUUUGUGUACUAGAAGCAGACGAGACGCCGCGCCGCGACACCGCCACUAGCGAGGCGGAGCAGCGCCAUGCGGCCCCGCAGCUCACGGCGGGCAGUCUUACUGUAGUUGAUGUGAAAUAUUUCUUUUGACCUUAACAACGAAACGACACAACGAAAUUGUAACGAAUGGGAGAGUAUGUAUAGUAGUGUUGAGGAACCACGGAGCCUUAGGCAGCGGCGACGGUGACGCGCCCCGUGUGUGGCGAGCGCUGCGGCACGGGGCCACACAGUCCCCGCCGAGCCCUGCCGCUAGAGUCGUUAUGACGCAUUAUAUAGUAUUUGGCCGAGCGUGUGAUCCACAGAACUGACUGACCGUAGCGUGAGCAGCUUAGAGCGAGUAGAUUUUCACAUGUUCUUCCUCCCGAGCCCUCUUCCUCCUCCUGUGAUCUGAGUGCCAAGACCCACCAGGCCCCGAGCGCCAGCCAGCAGCGCCGCGCCUCUGGCCCUGCCCCGGGCGGGUCGCCAACCAAGAGGUGUGCGGCGCGGCGCGGCGGCUUGCGGCGCCUCGCCAGACUCUCUCGCUUCUGUGACCUGGAUUGUGAGAGCAAGAUGUUGAUGGGAGUGUCGAAGAAAUAUUGUAAUAAUUUUGAGCACCAAGGAACCAAAGAAUUGUCAUUCAUCUCAUAAGUGAUCAGAUGCUUAGUCUGAGAGAGAUAUACAUAAUAUAUAUAAAGAAUCUCCCCGUGCGAGGGAAGAACAUUUAUUUUCUGAAGUCGCCAUAAGUUCAUUUAUCGAUUCAGGUAACUGUAACGAAGUAUACGAUGCUGUGCAACUGAUAAUAGGUAUACGACUACACUUAGAGGUUACGUGUAAUGUUAGGGACUAGAGAGUAACACAGUGAUUAGUUACAGUAUACAGUAUCCCCUCCAUUUGUACUAACCUGUGGUAACGCCUCCCAAACACACACACACACACACACACACACACACACACACACACACACACACACACACACACACCAGAACAGCACAACACAGACACACCAUGCCACACCACACCACACCACACCACACCACACCACACCACACCACACGCCACACAACACAGACGUACUAACACACUAACUAACGCAAUACAAAAAAAACAUCGAUGAAUAUUCUUUGGUUCCAUGUGUUUUACUUUUAAUGAAGAAAAAAUGGCAACACCUGUCCAAGCAGAGUGGUAGUGACCCCCCCAACCCCACCCACCCCAACACACACUGACUGUCCCCCCCCCUGACCUGGUGGAACACUACCCGGUAUAUUCCAAUUUAUUAUGUGGUGAUGUGACCCAUCUGACCUUAACUCAUUUGUGACCUGGAAAAAAGAGAUGUUUAGUGGUGACCCAGAUGUUGAACACUUGAACCUCUCCGUAGUGACCUUGCCUGCCCCCCACGCCCCCCACUGUACCUGGAGACGCGUUUGAUGAACUGGCCACCACGCCCUUCCCCGCCAGCCAUCAUGAACACUUUAACGAGCUUGUUGCGCGCCCGUGUUUAUAGUAAAAAAAUUUUGAAAGUAAAAAAAAUGUGUAAAAAAUCCCAAAAAAUAUGAUAUUCAUGUUACUUCUUCUAUAAAAAAAACCAACAAAACAUUUUAUUGAUGAUGUAUCUGUGUGCUUCUGCGUGUUUGUCUAGGACUUUGUGUGGUCAAGGAAUGGCUGGGAGUGUCUUCUCGCGGGCUCCCUCCACCUGGCGGGCUUGACCCUCAACUCCAAGUGCCCUCCUGUAUACGUGAGAGCCCGGCCGGCGCUCUGAGCACGACUCACACACACUCAUACACACACAUACACACACACGUACACACACACAUAUGAUGAUGACAUGAAGGUGCAUAUUUCUAAGCACAAUAUGAUAUGCAUAAUUCUGUGAUAAUUUUUCAUGUGAUCUUUUCUCUUUUUCUAUUUAAAUUGCAACGAACAAACGAUAGCAAUAAUACGCAACGGGACUGAAAAGUCAAAAAAAAUCAAACCCCCAAUAGCUGCGCCAAGCGUUCUUAGUUUAAUAUGGAUUCUUUUGAGAGUGACACAGGCGGCUGGAGGCGCGCGGCUCUCAUUCACUGCACCACAACGAACGAAAGAGAAAAGUAGACACAGACAGAGCUAAUCCACACGCGCGGGACCUCGGCGUCCCCCACGGCCAGCGUCCACGGGCAGUAUCCACACAUGGCAAGCUCAACCGGACUUUAGUAUUGGACACUUCUGCGUGUGUUUUCUUGCCACGCCACGGACGCUGCCGCAGGAGGGCGUCUGUGUCCAGCCGUGAGCGCUCAUAGUAGGUGGGUCGGGCGUCACCCUCCCCCCUCCCCCUCCAGCCGCCUCACCUCUUGUAACGUUUCAGCACGACGAUGAAAACAAGGACAAUGGUUGAACUCCCCAGGCCCAGUAACCAGUUUGUGACGACCUCAAGCCUCAGUUGUAGCGCUCUCUACCACCUUUGUAUCUCUCUCUCUCUCUCUCUCUCUCUCUCUCUCUCUCUCUCUCUCUCUCUCUCUCUCUCUCUCAGUUCCAACAUCCACCUUUGCUUAGGAUAGUAAGUAAUGUUUCAUAAUGUUUGCACGUACGUGGAUGUUUCGGUUGACUUCGUUUUCUCUUCUCUUUUCAUCGCGCCGCUCCGCAUUGAUGUUAUUUCCAUGAUUGAUUGUUCUUGUUAAAUCCGAACCCCCUCCCUCUGGUUUUUCGCCCUACCCCGCCCUAACCCAGCCCUAUCCCCUAAACCCCCCGGGGAUCUCAUAGACUUGUUACUGGCUCUACCCUCUUCUUCCUGAGGCCAGUUCACUUGUUACAUUCCAUAUUAAUUGCAGAUGUCCUUACCCUAUUGAGCAUUAAGUAAAGUAUCCUGGUUCAA